GAAGAUGGUCAAAUUCAAAAUGUUUCCAACUAUAAACUGUUUGCACUUUUGCUGAAGAUGGAACGCAAUUUGCAACGUGAAUGCAGAAAAUUGCAAUCAAAUGUUGCAGGAGAAUUACCAAAAAAUUCUUCAUGAAGAAUUUUGUGGCUUUCUCAGAUGAAAACGAAUUCUUCCUAAUACUGGAAGUUUUUUUCUCACACUAAACUAGCUGAUUGUUUUGGCAUCGGUCUUAUAUAGCAUCAACAAAUAUGAAACUAAUACGACACGCGAAAUCGAAAAUAAGAGAAUGGGUUUGUUGACCAGCAAAAAUUGAUUUUUAAUGCAAAAUUUUCAGUAAGAAAAUGGGCGAGUCUCUUCUCUAUAUUUCUUCUGGAUUAUUCUAUUUAAGAAAGAUUUAAAAAUAAAAAGAGAAUUUGUGUACUUAAAAGAAUUCUUUAGACGUUUUGUUACUGUUCUAAUUAACUUUUCCAUUACUCUCAAACAGAAAAUCUUAUAAAAGCUCAAUAUUCUAGAGAAAUCCAAUGAAUAUUUUACACAGAAAAUUUACAAAGUAAAGUGAAUAUUCCUAAUUUAGAGAGAGAAACGGGUUCCCUUGUCCAAUUUAUGCAUAGUUCUGGAUUCUGAAGAAAUCUUUUGAUUAUAUGCAUAAGCCAAUUCAGGUGGUCAAUAAACUCAUUUACAUUAAUUUUCGGGCUUCUCUGGUACGUUUGUUUUCUCUAUAAAAGAUCACGCACUUCUCGGGGCCCUUUCAGUCGUCAACAUCCAAUUCUUGUGCUGAGAAAGAAAUUCACAAUGGUGCGGUUAUUGGGAACCAGUGUGUUCCUCUUGUUUGCAUUCGGUUUCAUUGGGAUUACAAAUAGUAUCCCAGCUACGGGACAAGUGAAAGUUCUCUACAGUUGGAGUCCUUUUACUUAUGCUGAUUUACCUCAUAGUGAAUAUUCACAGGUGGAUGGAUACAAUUACUACAUCCCCAAAUACAAUCUUCCCACCGCUGUGUCUCUACACAUUAAGACUGGAUGCAUGUUUAUGCCAAUUUUGAGAUCGAAUCCAGGCAUCCCAGCUACAGUUACGUGGUUCAAUUCAAACGAUUAUCCGAAGGGAUCUUCUCCAGUUCUUCGGGGAUUCCCAACGUAUGAGGAUAAUUACGUUCCUGGGUGGUUUGGGGUGAAUACCCUUGAAAAUGAUGAUUAUUUGCACAACAUUUAUCCCGGUUAUGAUGGACGUUCAGCGGAUACAGUUGAAGGUGAGGAAGAAAAGGUUGUGGAUAAAGUUAAGAGGGAAGAUGAACCAGCAAAAGAGGAGGCGAAGAAGGAAGAAAUUUUAAAGGAAGAGAAGGAAAAGGCUGAGGAGAGCAAAGAUAAGAAGGAGGAAAUUGCUGAAGAGAAGCGUGAUGAAAAGCCUGAGGUGAAGCCUGAGGAGAAACCAGAGGAGAAGUUUGAAGAAAAGCGCGACGAUAAAGAAGCUGAAAAGCAAGAUGAGAUUGUAAAUGAAGAAGGGAAAAAAGAAGAAAUCGCAGAUGAAGAUGAAGAAGAUGAAGAAGCUCGUAAGAAGCAUAAGCCAGGGGGAAGUCACUACAAUAAGCCAGGUGGAAGUCAUUACAAUAAACCAGGAAGUAGUCAUCACAACAAAGGCCCCAAUGUUGUCUAUGUCCCGGUUCCGGUUCCUGCACCCGCUCCUGUACCAGUUCCAGUACCAGCACCACCAGCAACGAAGCCUCCAUACAAGCCUGUUUAUAAACCAGACUACGAGUAUGAACCAGAGUACAAACCAACUUAUAAGCCAAAACCCACUUAUCCGACUAAACCAACUUAUCAGCCAACUUAUCAACCAACCUACAAACCAACUUACAAGCCAACAAAGGCACCAUCACGAGAUCUCUAUCACUUCGUUGCAGUCUACUACACCAACAUGGAUAAUCAGUGCGAUCGCCUCUUCUUCGUUGACUACGGGGUACAGCGUCAAUUUGGUAGGGUGAUCUACACCCGUCGUCCUGUUCUGUGGGCUUUCCCCAUCAAUGAGUGCAGUGCAAAGGGUUUGAACCAGCCACCAGUACUGAAGGUGACGAUCCCAGACAAAGUUUUCAAUGACCCAACAGGAUUCUCAACUGCUGCCAUUGAUAUCUAUGGUGGAUGCAAUGAAUUUGCCGUGUACAUUGCAAAUUGCUACGACAACACAAUCAUUGUCUACGAUAAUGUGAAGAGAUACUUCUGGUACUACCAGAGUGAGACAUUCCAACCUGGAGCUGAGAGAUCUCUCUACACUGGCUCUCUUCCACCGCAAGAUUCCUACAAUUUCGGUGUAAUGGGUCUUGCUUUGGGAGCAACAACAUCAUACACCUACAAGGAUCUGUACUAUGCACCAGGAUCAAGUUAUGGAGUUUUCAAGACUACAACGGACGUUAUUAGGAACAAGUACGGAGCUCCUGGAGAUCCAUCAUCAUCAGCCUUCUCGUUCCUUGGAUAUGGAGGAAUUGAGAAUCAAUCUAUUAUGCUCUUUGACGAUCAGACUGAGGUCUUAUUCUUUAUCCACUUGCUGUCUAAUACACUACAGUGCUGGAAUACGAAUGCCCCAUUAGAGGAUGGCAAUGUUGUUACUCUCUUCAGUGAUUUGGAGUUUGGAGUAGAUAUGUUGCUUGAUGGUGAUAGAAAUCUUCGAUUCUUGCUCUACAAUGGCGAUGGAUUGAUGUUAUUCGACCAAGGCAGAACUACCAAUCCAUUCUAUCAGCUCUACUACGUCAAUAUUGAUUAUGUUAUUAAGGGUACUGCUUGUGACCCCAGCAAUGUUAGAAAAGUCUAAAAGAAGCUCUUACUUUAUGCUUUCUUUUUGAGAAGAAUAAAAAUAAUAAUAUUAAAUUUCAUUUUUAUGUAAUCCCCAUGAUUAUGUUUUAUUAUGAAUUUAAUAUCUAAUAAAGAAAUUUAAACAGUU